UAUUACCAAGACAAUGCAGCCUUAAUUGAUGGACCCCUACAAACACUAGCAAUCUGUAUUCCAAUUACACAAACACACAUAUUUCCAAUUUUUUUUUGCAUACAAACCUCAGUCAUGGAGUCUCCAAUACUUCUCUUCCUUAUCAUCUUCUUAUUCACGAUUGGCAAAAAUGCAGUUGUUGUUGAAGCAGAAGUUGAUAGAUUUGGUUUAGAACAAGUGGUGAGUGAAGAUUUUGAGUUGCCAAUGGGAAUGUCGGGUGAUGAUGAGAUCCAGUUGGAUGGAAAUGGAAGAUCUCUAUUGUGGAACAAAUUCAAGUACUACAUUUCGUACGGAGCAUUAUCAGCUAACAGAAUCCCCUGCCCACCACGGUCUGGCAGAUCGUAUUACACGCACCAUUGUUAUCAUGCUACAGGUCCAGCUCAUCCUUACACUAGAGGUUGCUCUGCUAUCACUCGUUGCCGUAGAUGAACAAUUAAUAUGAUUUUCUAUUUAUUAUUUUAUCAUCUAUGCAUUAUAGUACCUUAUUUGUCAUUUCUGUGAUAUGGCUUGCGAAUUGGGAGCUAGCUAGCUUUGUUCUGGUAGAUCUACUACGUAUGGACUGAUAUUUGGUGGAAUUCUUAUGUCUUUGUUUAGGUAAAAUUAGUUUCAAUUGUGUAUGUGUUUUCCUAUACACUCACUCUAAUUUUCUCUUUCUAUUCAUAUAUGUUUGAUUUUAUUUAGCAA